CCUUUCCUUUCCCAGUUAUUCAUUUGGAAAAUGUUAUAGGAUGAUAAAAAAUUCUGAAUUUUAUUUGUAAACAAUCCUUGGUAUUAUGGACCGGAGCAAACUUGAAACUUUGGUUUCUGCACAAAAGGAGCAGUUAGCUAGAUACGAGAAGAGAUUAAAAGACGUCGUCACCGCCUAUAAAGGGCUGCUCAAAGAAAAAGAAGCACUUGAAUCCAGCUUGGCCGCAGUAACGGCAUCUAACAAUGAAACAAACAACGUAAAGUCCACUUCUGCCCUUGCCAACACUUUUUUGGCAUCCGAAAGCGCUAGCAACGCAAGCUCUGGGAAAGAAACGAAUUUCCAAGCAACAAGUGACACUGAAUCGGGCAUUGUUGACGAAGAUAAACAGCAAUUGCAGAAACAAAUCCUGACACUAAUGAAUUCGCUAGCGACAUUAUCAGCAGAGAAAUCUCGCAUGGAGGCUUCUUUUCAAGCAGAUAAGAGGCAAUUACGUGGUCAACUUACCCAGAAGGAUCAAAUUAUUACCACUUUAAAAAACACCAUUAAAGAAAAUGAGGACAAAGCCAAAGCUCAUUUAGACGAAAUGAAAGCUAAAUGGAUAAUCGAAUGUCAGGAGCGCGAAAAAGAAACGAACAAUCAGAUGGUUAUGAUCCGCGAGUUACAGAAGCUCUAUGCCGAUGAGAGACAUUUAAAAGAAAACAUUGAAAUGCAGUUAAAUAAUUUUAAAACCCAAUUCGCCAGCAAUGAAACAGAAAAUGUACAUGUUCGUGAUCUCCAAAUCCAGCUAAAGGAGGCCAAAUUACAAUUGAGGCAAAUGCAAGCGAGCGGUACUGUCAAACAAGCUUUAAAAGAUGCUGAAAGCGCCGCCGAUAGCACGACUUUAUUAAAGCAGGUGCAACAGCAGAUGCAACAACUUAAAGAUCAACACGCGGUUGCUAUUAAGAAUGAGCAGCGCCGCGUAUUGCACGCGGAAGAGCGGAGUAGACAUCAAGCUGCUUUGCAUGAGGAUCGCGUGGCCAACCUAGAGGCACGUUUGGCAGAGCUUAGUAGCACUGUUGGUAACUACGAUCGACUACGUCAGCAAGAUCAGGAAAGCAUACAAACACUGCGCAAGAAGUUGCAAGAACUAGAGCAUAACACGGACUCAAAACUGAACUCGGCAAGUACUACAGAUUACAAUGCUGAUCGCUGGCGCCGGAAGUUAAGUAAUACAGCAUACGACAUUGCAACCCUUGCUGAUGAAAUUCUGCGCCUGAAAAAGUUGUUACUCGCGGAAAAUUCUCGCUCUGCGAACCCCAUAGAUUUGAGUAAAAUAUUUUCUGUCGUCUCUGAUCAUACAGAAUGUCGAGAAGAGUUAGAACACUUGCAACAACAAUAUGAUUCUUGCAAGACGGAACUGUUGCAGUAUCAAGAUCAUAUGCAGGUCCAAAAGUCGCACAUAUCCACUUUGCAAGACAAGGUGAAGGUGCUGAACCGCAACAUUGAUGAGCAAGAGUUGGAAUUGAAAAACCAGGCGGAAAAGCUUCGACAAGCUAUUAAAGAGGAACGCACCAAAUGGAAGAGCAAACUAAACGAUUUGGAAAACGAGACACGUUGCAAAGUGGUUGAUCUGGAACAGCAAUUACAAAAACAAAGGCAGCGGUCUUUGCACUUGCUCGACGAAAAGGAGCAAGAGAUAAAAACAUUGCAAACAUCAUUUGAAGUUUUCCACAGUGUCACGUUACCGGCCUCAACUAAUGAUUCACAGGCCGAACAAAACGUGACAACUUCAGCUUCUGACGCAGAAAGCAAUGAUGGUGGUGGACCUGACGGAGUAAGCGCUCAAACGGGCACAAAGGUAGCAAUUAGAGCAAAAAAGUUAUCAAUUGGCGACAACUGUCACAUGCUGCAUUAUGCCAACGAACUUGCGCGUAAAGAUAUUGAAAUAGCGGGCCUGCGAAAGGCAAAAUAUGCCGCUGAAUCCUCUUUGCGAAAAGCUAUACAAGAAAAGGUGAACGCACAGGAAGACCUCUGCGAUAAAGUUGCACUGCUAGAAGAGCAAGUGGAUAGAUUAGAACGCUGCAAGACACGGGAAGGCGCCAAUCUUGAGUAUUUGAAAAAUGUGAUCAUUAGUUACAUUGUAACACGCGAUCCUGACGGUAAACGUCACAUGCUCAAUGCCAUUAGCGCAGUGCUUCAGUUAACGCCAGCUGAAAUGCAAACGAUUAACAACACAUUCCAGAAAAAGUAAUUGGUUAAAUGCUGUCGAUGUACUAUUUGAAAUAUGUUAAUAUAUGCCAACAACUAAUUAAUCGACAGAACUAUUUAAUUUCCUUAACAGAAU